UGAUGAGAGUGAGAGCGGAGCUGCGCGAGCUCACAUUGAGUCUGCGCGAGCGCCUUCACUUUCUGCUGCUGCUCAACGAAAAUAUCGCAUUUAUUUACAUAGAAUUCACAGUGAAAACGAUCAGACUUCAAAAUCAGUAUCGGAACAACAUUUUUAAGCGUUUUCCUUUGUUUUCCCCCCGUUUCCGGACUAUAGGACAUGGAUAGAAGGAAAAGUUUGGCUGUUUUUGGUGUCUGUGAGGGAGUUUGAUUCGGGCGAUGAGUCCCGUGAAGAGAUUUUACACAUUUGACUGGAAAACACUCAUUUACUACGUUCAUCUACACAAUUAAGCACUUAUUAAACUCAGCAAGUGGAGAUAUGACUAUAGAAGCUGAUCUCUCUCCCUCACACACGCAAACAUGCUGGAAGUGCUGUUGAGCUGUGACGGCAGUGUGUGUCGGCAAGACGAGCAGAACUGUUGAUGGCUGGAUGUAGGGGUCCAAUGGUGUGUUAAAGGCGCCAUGGGGAGCUGUUGUAGCUGUCCCGAUAAAGAGAUCAUCCCUGACAACCAUCACAACAAAUUCAAGGUGAUAAACGUGGACGAUGAUGGUAAUGAGCUGGGCUCGGGCGUAAUGGAGUUAACGGAGGAAGAGCUCAUUCUGCACACACGCAAACGAGAUGCCGUGAAGUGGCCCUACCUCUGCCUGCGUCGCUAUGGCUACGACUCCAACCUCUUCUCCUUCGAGAGCGGCCGGCGCUGCCAAACCGGUCAAGGGAUAUUCGCGUUCAAGUGUGCACGGGCUGAGGAGAUCUUUAACAUGCUGCAGGACAUCAUGCACAACAACAGCAUCAGUGUUGUGGAGGAACCAGUGCUGGAGCCUGAGCUUCCAGUGACGCCACACACGCCCACCACUCCAGGUUACUCUGUCCCAACAGUAGCCAAUGGAAUUGGCCGUUACCCGUCAUUUGGCGACGCCUCCUCACGGCCUUCGAGUCGCCAUCCUUCAGUGGGCAGCACUAGGUUACCAUCAGUAGGGGAGGAAUCGACACACCCACUGCUGCUCAAUGAUGAAACGGUGCACACUUACGUCAACACGACGGGUCUACAAGAGGAACGACGCUGUCGUAGCAGUGGCCACGCCCCUCUGGAGCUCCGGACGUCCAAUCCAGAGAGCGCACACCCAGCGUCGCCCAGUGAGAUUGAGCCACACGUUGUUUUGGAGUCAGAGGGUGUAAAGUUUGUUUUAGGCCCUACGCCUGUCCAGAGACAGAUGCUGCUCAAGGAGAGACAGCAAGAUCUCAGCGAACAGGACACAGGAGUGGCCGGCUCUAGUACAGAUAACGCCACUUCUCCUGCAAAGACUGUGAACGGCAGCACGGGCCCCGCGACAGACUGUGACACCGGUUACGACAGCGAUGAGCGCAAGGAGACGCCCCACGAGCAGCAAAACGGUGUGGCAGCACCCGUCAGCUCCGGAGCGAGACGCAACAGACCUCCUGUUCCGCUUCCUGACGCCCACAACGCCAACAACUCAGCCCAACGGCGGACGGCGCUGCUCAACUACGAGAACCUGCCAGCGCUGCCGCCCGUGUGGGAGACCCGCAAACCCAACAGCGAAGCGGAGGAUGAGGACGAUCUCAAGUCGCCCUCUCUGAAUGGCUUCCAUUCCCUCGAUCCCCAGCACAACUACGUCAACACGGAGAACGUCACGGUGCCGCUCAGCGCGCACAAACUCCACUGCUCCAGCACUCAGCCCACCGUAUUCAACUUUGACCUCCGAAGGCUCGGGGUGGGCGACCCGCUCCGGCAGCUCAACUACAUUGAGGUGGAGAUGGACAAAGUGUCGGACUCCAGCGGGCCUCACACCCCGAAAACACCCACCACGCCCUUACCGCCCACCCCCACGCGCCGGACAGAGCUGUACGCCGUCAUCGACAUCGAGCGCACGGCCGCCAUGUCCAGCCUGCAGAAAGCACAGCCACGGGACGACGGCACAUCCAGGAAAACUCGACACAACAGCACCGACCUGCCCAUGUGACCCGACCAGCACUGAUCCAACAACCCAGUCGGUUUACUCCUCCCAGAAUGCAAGAGUUUAUCUCACCAAAACCUGUCGGGUCACAUUUUACUGUGAAAUCUAAAGAAAGAAAUAAUUCUAUUCCAAAUUUACCCUAUUUUUGUACCUGCAAACUCGGUUCAGACCAUAUUUUUAUAUAUGUGCAUGCUGUAAAUUUUAACAAAAAAGUCAAUUUAAAAAAAAAGCAAACGUGGAUCCUAAAACUCACAUACACACAUACUAAUGUUCUUUUUAUGCUCACCAAG